CUUCUCCUUCCCAACCUACACAGCCCCACACGAUAACAUUGUGUUCUACUUCAUCAUUCUAUCUGUGAUUCUCUGUUUUCAAAAUUCUGUAACAGCUUUUUCUCUUUAACUCGAUCUUCAACCGCAAUUCAUUUGAUUCAUAUUUUUUUUUUGACAGCAAAAAGAUCAUUUGAUUCAUUGAUCCUCUGAUCAUGAAAAAUAUAGAGAAGCUGUUAUCACAGAUAACAAAACGUUUCUUUGAUCUCAAAUGGCGGUUUCUGCUAUUACUUAUCGUUCCAAUCUCUCUCCUGCUGUUUCUCUCCAUUACCACCACCAGAGUCGUCGGAAACAGCGGAAUGUUCACCGGAUACAAUCCUUUGCACUAUUUAAAAAACCUCAAGUCAUUCUCCGUUAAUCAAAAUCGUUCACCUAAUUCCGGCACGCCAUUUCCGACGACGGAAUUGAACCAGUCAAGGAUGGCGGUUUGUUUGGUAGGCGGAGCACGACGGUUUGAACUUACCGGACCUUCGAUUGUUGAGAAGAUUCUGGAAGAGUAUCCCAACGCUGAUCUGUUUCUGAACAGUCCUUUGGACUCCAAUUCGUAUAAAUUCUCUCUUCUAAAAACGGCGCCAAAAAUUGCUUCGAUCAGGAUAUUCAAGCCGGUGGAUAUACCGGAAAAUGAAUCGGCGGUGAGAGUGUUAACCGCCAGUAACUCGCCGAAUGGCAUUCAGGGUUUGUUGCAGUACUUCAAUCUAGUGGAAGGUUGCUUAACCAUGAUUAAAUCCUAUCAACAACAAAACAAUUUCACCUACAACUGGAUAGUCCGAACCCGAGUAGAUGGGUACUGGUCGACCCGACUCCGACCCAACCUUUUCAUCCCGGGUCAAUACGUCGUCCCUUCCGGAUCCUCCUACGGCGGCCUCAACGACCGUUUCGGCGUCGGCGAUUUCAACACCUCCGUCACUGCCCUCUCCCGCCUCUCCAUGAUCCCAGAUCUAGACUCAGCCGGGUUAACUGAACUCAACUCGGAAUCAGCGUUUCAAGCUCAACUCAGACUACGAAACGUCUCUUAUCUCACCAAACGGAUGCCGUUUUGCGUUGUCUCCGACCGGACGUACGACUUUCCGCCGGGAAGAUUUGGAGUUCCGGUAGCGACGUUGUCGAGUACAGGGCCGUUGAGUGGGGUAAAGUGCCGGCCGUGUAGUACUAGGUUUUCCGGUCGGUGGUCGGCUGCGGUUGUUAACGGGUUGGAUCGGCAGUGGAGCUGGACGGAGACUGGAAAGGGAACGCUGCAGUUAUGUGACGGCCAUGGCGGAUGGGAAGAUGGGUGGGAGGAAUUAUUCGAUGGAGUCGCUGGGAAGAAGUUGGCGGUGGAGAGGAAAAGGGUGACGGCGUUAUCGUUUAAUGAGUGUGUGGCGGAUUUUGAGUAUAUGAAGCGGCGUUCCGCCGUGUGGGAUGCUCCACCGGCGACGGAACUUUGCCAGCCAGUUCUAUAGAUUAAAAAGAAAGUCUACAAAUUUUGUUCUGUUUUGGUAAAUAGUGGUACACAAC